AUGAUUGAAAAUGAUGCUAUAUCUGCGUUUAACUCUGAGAUGUAUUACGAAGCUUUGGGACUAUUUACUAAGGCAUUACAUCAAAAUAAAACAUUGACUUUGCUUGAUGGUAGAGCUGCAACUUUUGAAAAAAUAGGGAAAUAUGAAAGUGCUUUGAAAGAUUCUUAUAGGAUGAUUCGGUUUUAUCCCCGUUGUAUUGAUGGCUAUUUACGUGCAGGGAAGAUAUUACGAUUAAUGAAUAAUUACAAUAGAGCUAUAUAUAUAUAUAAGCUUGGAAUAAAAUGUUCGUCUUAUGAUUCGAAAAAAAAUAAUUUACUUCGGAAAAUGCUUUACUCUACGUUGAAAAGUGUUAAGAAUCUUAAAGUAAGAAUUCAAAAUAAUGCAAAAUAA